GUUCAAGAGUAUUGUUGCUGAGUGUUUCCAAUCCGACGGCUUGUUCCAGAAGAGUUUGAAGGAGGCUUUCGAGACAUUCAUCAAUCGCGACUUGGGUCGGUUCAGCGUCGCUGCUAUGAUGAGUAGUUUCUGUGACAAAGUGCUGAGGAAAGGAGGGGAGAAGCGUUCGGAGGAGCAGGUCGAUGCUCUGAUGUCGAAGUUGGUGGAUCUGUUCUCGUUUUUGACCGAUAAGGACGUGUUUGCUGAGAUAUACCGAAACCAGUUGGCGAAGCGCCUGUUAUACGAUACAAGUGCUAGUGAUGAGGCGGAGAAGAAUGUUAUCCAGAAGUUGAAGAUGAAAUGUGGAGCCCAGUUCACGUCGAAGCUGGAGGGGAUGAUUACUGAUAUAUCGUUGGCCGCGGAUAUGCAGAAGCAGUUUAGGGAGUACCUUUCCCAUAGAGACUCUCAGGCUGACUAUGGCAAGUAG